AUGCAGUCAGCAGCAGAAACUUUGGAGAAUGCCUCCAUCCUAUCGGAAAGCUCGUCGCAAGAGGGACAUCGCCUGUGGAUCGGCAACAUUGACCCCAAAAUCACAGAGUACCACCUGGUGAAGCUUCUGGAGAGGUUUGGCAAGGUGAAGCAGUUUGAUUUCCUUUUCCACAAGUCUGGCCCCCUGGAGGGCCAACCCAGAGGGUACUGUUUUGUCAAUUUCCAGACUAAAGAGGAGGCGGAGCGAGCGAUCCAGUGCCUGAACGGGAAGCUGGCCUUGUCUAAGAAGCUUGUGGUUCGCUGGGCUCAUGCACAAGUAAAGAAGUUUGACCAGUUCCGAGGGGACAAAGCCAUGCCGGCCAGUCUGGAGCCCUCGUCCAGUGCAGAAGAGCUGCCCACUUCCCUGAGCGUGAACGCCAAGAUCCGCGCCAUCGAGGCCAAGCUGCAGAUGAUGGACGAGAAGCCGGACGAGGAGUACUCCGGCCCGUCGAUGUACCUGUACAACAAGCCCCCGGAGAAGAAGCGCCCGGCCCCCUACACCAAGUUCGGCCGCAAGUUCAGGCGGUGACACGGCCCGCGUCGCCACGGUCACAUUCCGCUGCGCGCUCGCUGUGAAGGACUGUGCCUUCCUGAGGCCUCCUGUGUUUGAACCCGCAGGACCCGCGCAUAGAGUGCUCACACUGAAACUGUCUUCUGCUCCGUGAUCACGCUGUAAUAUAUGAGGUUUGUGAGAGAGGAGUCGGGCCAAACACCCUCUGAUCGUCUGGCUCUGGGUGUGUCGGUCGGCCAUCACAGGGCUCUAGUGCUCCCCUUUUAGGGGCAUUUCCUCCUGAAAGCUGAUGUGUGCUAACCGGAUGCAUCAGUGUGCUCGGGAGCCCCUGUACCCCUUGGAAUAAACGUUAGCGUAGAGCCCUGCAUCGGGCCACAUGUUUGGCUCUGAUGCUAGCAGAAUAACGAUGCUCGCUUUUUAUCGGUGAGAUUUUUUGCCUUUCAUUUGUUACAUGUGGUCCUUUGUAGAACCGUUUUUAUUUUUAGGAUGGUUUUUGUAUUCCAGUUUUGUACCAGUUUAGCUGGAAUAUUUUAAUAGGUAUAUCUUGCUAUUCUAUGACAUCUUUUCCAUUGCCUAAUCAUUCACAUUUAUGAGCGCUUGUGCAUACUGAUUUUUCCUAACUUUAGAUGAUCUGGAGUGUCUGGUUUAUUUUAUCUGCUUUUUUCCUGGACUAAUCUGCUCACUCUGAAGACACUGACGAAGCAAUGGACUUGUUGGUCUGUAGUGAAACAGAAGACAUUCUCAUCCACAGCAUUGAAUUAUGCACUGCAAAUAGAGGAAAUCAGGGUGACUCAGAUGGUUCUUAAUGACCCAGAGUAUCAAAAUAUCUUCAUCUUUCUUCCCAGAGUCUCAGUCCCAAAUGGGUAAACAUCAUUAACCAGUGUGAUUAAAUUUGCAUUAUGAAAGGAUACAUUCUGUUCUGUUUGCCCAAUGCACGUCUCACAUGUUCUGUACACUUAUGUUUCUUCUCCUUUUGGCCAAUGAUGGUGUCUCUCAAUGUGUUGCAGUAGUUCAGACUUAAAGAACAGCUUCUGUGUGAUGUUUGUGUCCUGCUUCAGAUUCAAUGCACAGUAUCUCCUGACUACCGGCAUACGGUCAUAUUAUAACCAGACACUCACGCCGUGAUGCUCAUCACUUUGCUCAACUUCCUGUUUCUCCUGAAGGGCGGCAGUGGAAACACGGUGCCGAAACACGCUCGUAGUUACAAAUGCGUGUGGUUAUCUGGAUAUCAGUGGUCAAUGGAAAGGCUUGACAAAGCAAUCAUCAUUCAAUCCAGAUGCGAUUGCUGUGGUCAACUUGACAGCGAAAACGCUCCAUUGCAAUUUUGCCUUUUGAGUUAUUUGGUAAUUGAAUUGAAUAGGAACAAAUAAAUCAAGCAAGUGAA